ACUUCUUUAUUCUUCAACUGAGUUCUGUCUCAAGCACUCUCUCUGUGAUUGCAAUCUCUCUGCAACUCUUGUCUAUUUACUGCUGGCUUUGCCUUUCAACUGGAAUCAUCUGUCUUUCAAUAUGGCCUUAGCAGUAUCCGCAAUAGGUUUUGAAGGUUAUGAAAAGAGGCUAGAAAUAUCAUUCUUUGGGCCGGGCAUAUUUGUCGAUCCUGAUGGAAAGGGUCUUCGAUCUCUGUCAAAAGUUCAAUUGGAUGAUAUUCUUGGACCAGCUGAGUGUACUAUAGUUGAUUCACUGUCAAAUGAUCAUGUGGACUCAUACGUUCUUUCGGAAUCUUGCCUUAUUUAUCCAUACAAGAUCAUUAUCAAAACCUGUGGGACAACCAAGUUACUACUCUCAAUCCCACCCAUUCUAGAAUUUGCUGAGAUGCUUUCCCUUACUGUAAGAUCUGUGAGGUACACUCGUGGAAGUUUUAUCUUUCCUGGAGCUCAAUCAUAUCCAUAUCGUACCUUCUCAGAAGAAGUUUCUGUACUGGAUACCUAUUUUGGGAAGCUUGGUUUGGGCAGCAAGGCAUGCGACUCUGUUUACACACUAGAAAUGUGCGUGACUGGUUUGGACAGGGAAAUGACAUCUGUAUUCUUCUAUAAAGCCCAAUCAGACGCUGCAGCUGUGAUCACCAUCAAUUCUGGUAUAAGAAAAAUUCUUCCAGAUUCUGAUAUAUGCGAUUCCGAAUUCGACCCCUGUGGUUAUUCCAUGAAUGCUAUUGAAGGAGAUGCAAUUUCUACCAUUCAUGUUAUACCUGAAGAUGGUUUCAGUUAUGCGAGUUUUGAAACAGUUGGGUAUGAUUUGGAACUUGUGAAUCUGAGGCUGUUGACUGAGAGGGCAUUGGCUUGUUUCCAUCCUAGCGAAUUAUAUAUUGCGGUGCAUGCGGAUGUUGUGGGUAAAUCAUUUGAGCAUAAUUGUUCACUGAAUGUCAAGGGAUACUGUCGCAGAGAGAGGAGCCAUGAAGAGCUUGGAAUUGGCGGUUCCAUUGUCUACCAGAGGUUCGUGAAGACUGUAGGCUGUGGUUCUCCUAAGUCAACUCUGAAAUUCUGGCAAGAGGAAGAACAGGAAGAAGAAUAUUAGCAAAUGUUUAAU